ACUCCCAUUUAUCGAUUUUCACGUCGCUCCCGAAUUAUUUCUGAUGACUGUUAUUGACAAGUUGUUGGCCAAGCGAGGCUGCCACACGCUCGAAUCGUCUCUGUCCUCCUAUUUUUCGCUUCGAAACAUGUUUGUGCUCACGUGUUGCGUUUCUUUGCUUGUUUUGCUUUGCCUGCCGGCGCUUGACUCGACGCAAGUUGGAAGCAACGACAAGCCCAUAAUAGGCAUACUAGCGCAGGAUCUGUCCAAGCCUCCAGAAAAUAAGACUUCUUACAUCGCUGCCUCCUAUGUCAAGUUCCUGGAGGCGGCAGGAGCCCGAGUGGUCCCCAUCAGGAUCAAUCAGACUGAUAAAGAGUACAGGAGACUCUUCGACUCCAUGAAUGGCGUGCUUUUCCCAGGAGGCGGGGCCAGCAUAGUCUCAUCAGGCUACCAGAGGAGUGCCAAGAUCUUCUACGAGAUGAGCCUGGAGGCCAAGCAGAGGGGUGACCUCUUCCCCAUCUGGGGAACGUGCCUGGGCCUGGAGCAGCUCCUCCUCUUGACCAACGGCGUCUCGCUCCUGACGCGCACAAACACCAGCGACGUGUCCUUGCCGCUCGACUUCACCAAAGAGGCCAAAGGCAGCAGAAUGUUCCGAGACUUCCCCGCUGAGCUCAUGGAUGCGUUGGCCUUGGAACCGCUUACGGAGAACUCGCACCAAUGGAGUUUGCCCAUGGAGGCGUUCAACAGAAGCAACACUCUGACCUCUUUCUACAAAGUCCUCUCCACCAACACAGACGGAAAAAUCGAGUUUCUGUCCACGAUGGAAGCGUUCGACUACCCCAUUUACGGCACGCAGUGGCACCCGGAGAAAAACGCCUUUGAGUGGAGGAAGCCGUAUGUAGAGCACACGCCCUUGGGAGUGCGCCUCACCUUCUACAUGGCAGAGUUUUUUGUGGGCGAAGCCAGGAAGAACUUGCACCGAUUUGCCGCAAAGGACGAGGAGAGUCAAGCGCUCAUCUACAACUUCAGUCCCGUGAGAGCCAGCGCAGAGAGCGUCUUUGAGCAAAUCUACUAUUUCUGACACGCCCUCACAGUUCACCUCCCGCCUCACGAUAGACUUCAUGUAUAGUAAGGCAUACUAUGUAUAAUAAGGAUAUCCUAUGAAAUCACGUUUACACAAAAUAAAACUCGUGAACUCUGAAA